CACUCCUGGCAGCCUUCAUUUUUAUUCUACUACUGAAUGAUAGCUAGCCGCUAGGGCUGGAAAUCAUGGAAGGCAUCGAGGCAAAAAGGCCUUCUAAAAACCCAAGGUUGAGUUGUAAUAAGUUAAUAACAUCACCUGUAGGGGAAAUAGCCAACUCAACAGGGAGAUACCAUUGGGCAACAAAGCUCCCUGACUUCAAUUUUCCAAUCAAAAGAAUGGAUUUCAUUGGUUGGUCAUGGGUGGGUGUUGAAGGAGGCUUUCCCAAGUCCUCAUAUCCAAUAUGAUGUACAACUCAGAACCAACCUUCAAGGAAGUUCAAAGUAGUCAAAUUUAAAAUUGUAUCCCCUUCUUAACAAUCCAUGUAGAUGCCCAUCCCCUCUCCCUUGCUCCCCCUUUGUCAUUUUCCCCUCUCUCCCCCUCUCUCUCUCUCUCUCUCUCUCCCCCCUUCCCCUCUUUUUUAUAUGAAGAAAAGUCACACCCAUAUAGGUGGAUUAGUUGAUCAACAUUAAUCACCAAAGCUUAACGUUGUAGAUCACACCACAGAGAGAGAGAGAGAGAGAGAGAGAGAGAGAGGUGAUGGCUGGUUUGCAAAGGUCUGAAAUAUCAUUUAGGAGGCAAGGCUCAUCAGGCUCGGUAUGGGAUGACAAGUUCUUAGCAGGAGCCUUGAACCAGGCGAAGCAAAAUGAUCAAGAAGAAGAACAAAAGGCUGAGGCCGGAGAGGCAAAGCUUUCACAAAGCCCUGCACCCAUCAGUGUGAUGGAACGCAGUCGAUCUAAUGGAGGACAAGCAUAUAAAACAGUCAAGGUUGCACCAGCCAUCGACCCACCUUCCCCUAGGGUCUCUGGCUGUGGUCUCUGUGGUGUUUUUGGGAAACCGGUCAAGUCCCACCACCGCCCCAAACGGGGUAAGCGUAAAUCAUAAAUUUCUGUACCUGUUCUACGGUGGCACAACAUCAUCUUCCAAUAAGGUGAACACAGCAUGUGUGCUUCUUGGUUUUUGUUUCCCCCUCUCACUGUCUUUACAUGGCCAUAUCCCCCAUAUAUAUAUAUCAUCAGUCUCGAAAAAAACUGAGAUACAAGAGUACUUCUAUUGCACAAACCAAAGGUAUAUGUUUGAUUAAUUUUUGUACGAAAACCCCUUGUUCAUGGGCUUCUCUCCUUUAGCUCAUAGAGGUAUUGAUGUAGUUCUGCUUGAUGUAAUUCUUGUGCAUAUUAAUGUCAUGGUUUUUGGGCUUGGAUCA